UCACGCUCGCCGCUCGAUGCCGAGCACGAGGCGGCGACGGUGCGUGGUCAUCGCGCUGCCCGACUGCGUGCCGAGGCCGCCGGCGCGGGGCGCCAGGGGUCGCUUGCUCAAUAUGGCUCUACAACAGCUCGCAUGGCGCACUCCUGGCGCAGCACACCGAUUGCAUGGAAGCCGCUGCCGAUCAUUCUCGGUGCUGCCGUGCUGGUGGGCGUGCAGGCGCGGCGCAACUACGUGGCCGAUCGCGAUGGGCGCUCGCGCAACGGCAAGCGCGGCAAGGUGGUCGACGAGAAUGGCCGCGUGGUCAGCAUGAGCGGGCCGUGGACGGUCUACGUGCUCGGCGCGCUGCCGCUCAACGCCAUCUCGCGCGCCUGGGGCUGGGCAAACAAUCUGACGCUGCCGGUCUGGUUCCGCCCGUACGGCUUCCGCUUCUACAGCUGGAUCUUUGGCUGCAACCUCGACGAGAUGAAGGACCCGGACCUGACGCACUACCGCAGCCUCGGCGAGUUCUUCUACCGCGAGCUGCGGGACGGCGCUCGAGUGAUCGAAGACAGCCCGCUGGUGUCUCCCGCCGACGGCACUGUGCUGCACUUUGGCUCUAUUCAGGGCCGGCGCGUCGAGCAGGUCAAGGGCAUCACGUACUCGCUCGACGCGCUGCUCGGCGUCUCGUCUGAUGCGCAGAGCACCGAGAAGGUCUCCUUGGGCUCGGGCUCGAGCGCCGACACGCAAGCCGGCGCCGCCUCGCGCUCGCACCAGAUCCAGGACGAGCGCGACUUUGCCAACGUCAACGGCAUCGAGUACUCGGUGGACAGGCUCCUCGGCUCGGAGGGCCGCAAGAAGCGCGGCUGGCGCAUCGCCCGCGGCACCUGGUGGAAGUCGUGGUUCGUGCACGUGCCCGGCGAGGGCAAGGCCAAGACGGGCGUGCCGCCGGCGAACAAGGGCGUCGCCGGCGAUUUCAGCCGCCCGCUCAACGACGACGACGAGGAGGAAGAGGUCGGCAUCCCCACGGCCGACACGCCCGAGGUGCUGGGCAAGUACGCCAAUGUGGCGUACGAGAUGGGCGGCGGCGCGCUGCCGCCGAUUCUGCAGCGCCACAGCCCCGGCCACGACGGCGUCGCCGAGGGCAACAAGCUCUUCUUCUGCGUCGUGUACCUGGCGCCCGGCGACUACCACCACUUUCACUCGCCGUGCUCGUGGGUCGUCGAGCGGCGGCGGCACUUUAGGGGCGAGCUGUACUCCGUCUCGCCGUACGUGGCCAGCCGCCUCUCGAACCUCUUUGUGCUCAACGAGCGUGUCGCGCUGCUCGGCCGCUGGCGGCAUGGCUUCUUUGGCAUGGUGCCGGUCGGUGCCACCAACGUCGGCUCCAUCUGCGUCUCGUUCGACAAGGCACUGCGCACCAACGUGCGCGACCAGCGCGUGCUGGCCGGCACGUACUCGGAGGCGUCGUACAGCUCCGCGUCGCGCCUGCUGGGCGGGCAGCCGCUGCUCGCCGGCGAGGAGAUGGGCGGCUUCCGCCUCGGCUCGACGGUCGUGCUGAUCUUCGAGGCGCCCGAGGAGUUUGACUUUACCAUCGAGGCCGGACAGAAGAUCAAGCUGGGCACGGCGCUCGGCGACUUU